UGCAAUGGAAACGAAUCAUCUGUUGAGGAAUGUUCACAUCUUGGUUGGGGCAGUCAUAACUGUGGACAUUACGAAGACAUGGCUGUCAACUGUUUUCCACGAGAGGGUACAUCAUCAAUAUGUACACAAUUACCAACGACACAGAUCACAACAGAGACCACCACACCGAUGAUAAGCACGAGGGUUCGUCUUGUUGGGGGGAGCAGUCCUUAUGAGGGCAGAGUGGAGGUGUAUUACAGUGGAGCAUGGGGGACAAUUUGUGAUGACUAUCAUUUAUUUAAUGCUGGUGGAUCGAAUAACAGUUUCUCCAAAGUAAUAUGCCGAUCUUUAGGUUUCCCCUGGCAAACAUCUGUGAGCUAUUGUUGUGCACGUCAUGGACAAGGAACUGGUCCUAUCUGGCUAGAUGAUGUACAAUGUAGUGGAAAUGAAACAAAUAUUGAGGAAUGUGUACAUAUCGGCUGGGGCAACCAUAACUGUGGACAUCAAGAGGAUGUUUCUGUCGAUUGUCUACCAGAGAAGGAAAUUUCAACAUCCAUACCAACAGCAUAUGUCACAUCAGACACAACAACAACAGAGACGGCUACAACCGAACAGUGGAUGCCAUUCACUCCCAUUCGUCUCGUUAAUGGAAAUACCCCUUAUGAAGGGAGAGUGGAGGUAUAUCACAAUGGAGAAUGGGGAACUGUUUGUGACGACUCCUGGGAUACACCAGAUGCUACAGUGGUCUGUCGAUCGCUUGGAUUUUCUAUGAACAGUUCAACAGCUUUACGUAGUGCUUAUUUUGGUCAAGGAAACGGUUCUAUUUGGAUGGAUGAUGUUCGUUGUUCUGGAACAGAAACAAGAAUUGAGUACUGUAAUCAUUACGGCUGGGGAAGACAUAACUGUGGUCAUCAUGAAGAUGCAUCCGUCCGAUGCCUGGCAGGAUUAUUCAGUACAGUGCGGCUUGUGGGAGGGCAGACUCCAUACGAGGGUAGAGUAGAGAUAUAUCGUAAUGGUGUGUGGGGGACAGUUUGUGAUGAUGCUUGGGAUGAUUUGGAUAGCGUGGUGGUCUGUAGGUCUUUAGGAUAUCCAACACAAAAUGCUAGGAGCUUUCAAUCUGCUUUCUUCGGUCAAGGAUCAGGUCCUAUUAUGUUGGACAAUGUUAACUGCCGUGGAUCAGAAACCCAUAUAGAGGAGUGUCCACAUAAUGGAUGGCAAUCUCAUAAUUGCGUCCAUCAAGAAGAUGCUUCCGUCAGGUGUUCAGAGGAUAUCUCUACAUCCGUACCAACAGCACAUGUCACAACAGAAACAACUACCACACAGACGACUACAAUCGAACGGCUGAUGCCAUUCACUCCCAUUCGUCUUGUUAACGGAAACACCCCUUAUGAAGGAAGAGUGGAGGUUUAUCACAACAGAGAAUGGGGAACUGUUUGUGACGACUACUGGGGUUACCAAGAUGCUACAGUGGUUUGUCGAUCUCUCGGAUUUUCUGCAUCUGGUUCAACAGCAUUAGGUAGUGCAUCUUUUGGUCCGGGAAACGGUUCUAUUUGGAUGGAUGAUGUUGUUUGUGCUGGAACCGAGACAAGAAUUGAAUAUUGCAGUCAUAACGGAUGGGGAAGACAUAACUGUGGGCAUCAUGAAGAUGCAUCCGUCAGAUGCCAGACUGGAUUAUUCAGUCCAGUGCGGCUUGUGGGAGGACAGACUCCAUACGAGGGUAGAGUAGAGGUAUACCGUAAUGGUGUAUGGGGGACAGUUUGUGAUGAUUCUUGGGAUGAUUUGGAUGCCGUGGUGAUCUGUAGGUCGCUGGGAUAUCCAACACAAAACGCUAAGAGCUUUAAAUAUGCUUUCUUCGGUCAAGGAUCAGGUCCUAUUUUGUUAGACGAUGUAAACUGUCGUGGAUCAGAGACCAAUAUUGAGGAGUGUCCACAUAAUGGAUGGCAAUCUCAUAACUGUGGUCAUCAUGAAGAUGCCUCUGUUAGAUGUUCAGAGGAAGCACUGACAACAGCAGAUCCCCCCACAACAGAAAAUUUAACACAUGCACAAGAAACGGCUACAACGAUACAAACACCGAUUACACCCGUCCAAACAAAUGAGGGGACACGAACUCAAACAGCACCUUUCACAUCGAGAGCACCAACGACAAUGAUUAAAACAUCUGUUUCAACAGCAACCACAACACAAUCUGAAACAAUCACAGAAGACCCCAUAUCAACAAUCACAAGACAAAAUCUCCCAACACAAUCUCCAACAACGACCACCAUAUUCCCGACUGCAAGGGCAACACAUACACAAAAUCUAAAGACUACUACAACGACACAAGCUUCCACAACCACCACACAAGUUCCAACAACGACAACCACCACACAAGCUCCAACAGCUCCAACAACGACACAAGCUCCAACAAUCACAAGCACCACACAAGCUCCAACAACCACAACACGAGCUCCAACAAUGAUUGCUUCCACAACACAAUCACCAACAACGACGACGUUGACAGAGGCCCGAAUGACAACAACAAUGACAAAAGUGAGCGCUGUCAGCGGCGUUGAAAGGACAUCGGAAGAUGUUCGGAAAAAAUGGAGAAAUGUAUCUAGUGAUACUAAGAAGAAAUUGUCAAUGGCUCGGAGGGAAGCAAGGAAGACUGGCGGAGGAGUGUCAUCAGCGGAAGCGCUCACCAACACUGAGAUAAAGAUUGCUGAAACAAUGGGCCAAACCGCCGUUGAGGGAAUUCCCGGGGGAUAUGACACAGCUGCUUGCAGCACCCCUCAGUCUGUUGAUAUUGUCAACGAAGAAGACAGUGAAUUACAAGAUCAAAGUCAAAGUACAUCCAGCCAAUCAACUUGCAGUCACGGUGAAUGUAGUAGGGAAUCCUCAUCCAAUGGUAUCCACAAGAGCUCCAAAAGAAAGAGACCCUCAGCCUUUGAUGGAGAGCAGGAUCUUAUUGAAAUAGAAAAGGAGAGAUUAGAGAUAGAGAAGAAGAGGUUGGAGAUAGAUGAAGAAAGACUGAAGAUAGAGGAAAGAAGAUGCCAGUUAGAGGAAGAAAGAAAUAGAAGGGGAUUUCUCGAAGAUAAGGCCCUCUCUUUUACAUUUUGUAUGUAUCUAGACACUAGAGUUCGACUUGUCGGAGGAAAUUCUCCAUAUCAGGGUAGAUUGGAAGUGUAUUACAACGGAGUAUGGGGAACAGUUUGUGAUGAUUUUUACUCAUUUAAUUCUGAUGGAUCAAAGAACAGAUUCUCUGAAGUAGUAUGCCGAUCUUUAGGCUUCCCUUGGCAAACAUCUUUGAGCUAUUGCUGUGCACGUUAUGGACAAGGAACUGGCCCCAUUUGGCUAGAUGAUGUACGAUGUAGUGGAAAUGAAACAGAUAUCUCAGAGUGUGUACAUAUCGGUUGGGGCAACCAUAACUGUGGACAUUACGAGGACGUGUCUAUCAAUUGCUUACCAGAGGAGGAUACAGCAACAACAAGAUCAUCAACCACAACAGAAACUUUCACAACAGAGAGCGUUGUAAAUGAUACGCUUCCACCAAAGCUCGAAACACCAACAACAAGACAGUCGCCCACAAUAGAAACGUUUAUAACUGGGGGACUCACAACUGAAACAUCUAACAACAUUUUUAAUAUUCUGAAUAAAGAUUUGUCUGAUCUAAAAUACACUAAAAGAUUUAGAAAAACUGAUAAUUUUCAAAAUCUAAAACUAAAUCUGUUUGAUAUAAAGUCCAACCAAUACACAACAGUUCGACUAGUUGGUGGAAAUACUUCACAUGAGGGUAGAGUGGAGGUUUAUCAUAAUGGAGUAUGGGGGACAGUAUGUGAUGAUGACUAUAUACAUAAAGCUGAUGGGUCGAAAAACAGAUUUUCUGAAGUAGUCUGUCGAGCUUUAGGCUUUCCUUGGCGUACAUCUGUCAGCUAUUGUUGUGCACGUUAUGGUCACGGAUCAGGUCCUAUUUGGUUAGACAAUGUACGAUGUAGUGGAAAUGAAACAAAUAUCUUAGAAUGUCAACAUAAUGGUUGGGGCAUCCAUGACUGUCGACAUCACGAGGAUUUGUCUGUCAAUUGCUUACCAGAGCAAGACACAACAAUUCGACUGGUUGGUGGAAAUACUUCACAUGAGGGUAGAGUGGAGGUUUAUCAUAAUGGAGUAUGGGGGGCAGUUUGUGAUGAUUACUAUAUACAUAAUGCUGAUGGAUCGAAGAACAGAUUUUCUGAAGUAGUCUGUCGAGAUUUAGGCCUCCCGUGGCUAACAUCUGUAAGUUAUUGUUGUGCACGUUAUGGUCAAGGAACGGGUCCUAUCUGGCUAGAUGAUGUACGAUGUAGUGGAAAUGAAACAAAUAUCUCAGAGUGUACACAUAUCGGUUGGGGCAACCAUAACUGUGGACAUCACGAGGAUUUGUCUGUCAACUGUCUACCAGAAGAAGAUACAUCAACAACAAGAUUGUCAACUACAACAGAAACUUUCACAGCUGAGAGACUUGUAAAUGAUACGCUUCCACCAAAACAAGAAACCUCAACAACAUUACAGUCGCCCACAAUAGAAACUUCCACAACUGGGAGACUUACCAAUGAAACAUCUAUGUCAAACACUACAGUUCGACUGGUUGGUGGUAAUACUUCGCAUGAGGGUAGAGUGGAGGUUUAUCAUAAUGGAGUAUGGGGGACAGUAUGUGAUGAUUACUAUAUACAUAAUGUUGAUGGAUCGAAGAACAGAUUCUCUGAAGUAGUUUGUCGAGUUUUAGGCUUUCCUUGGCAUACAUCUGUGAGCUAUUGUUGUGCACGUUAUGGUCAAGGAUCAGGUCCUAUUUGGCUAGAUGAUGUACGAUGUAGUGGAAAUGAAACAAAUAUCUCAGAGUGUGUACAUAUCGGUUGGGGCAAUCAUAACUGUCGACAUUACGAGGAUGUGUCUGUCAACUGCUUACCAGAGCAAGAGCUCGAGUCAUCAACAACAAGACAGCCACCUACAACAGAAACUUCCACAACUCGGAGACUUACAAAUGAAACGUUUAUGCCAAACACUACAGUUCGACUGGUUGAUGGCAAUACUCCAUAUCAGGGUAGAGUGGAGAUUUAUCAUAAUGGAGUAUGGGGAACAGUUUGUGAUGAUUACCAUUUACAAAAUGCGGAUGGAUCGAAGAACAGAUUCUCUGAAGUAGUCUGCCGAUUUUUAGGCUAUCCUUGGCGUACAUCUGUCAGUUAUUGUUGUAAACGAUAUGGUAAAGGAGUAGGUCCUAUUUGGCUUGACAGUGUACAAUGUAGUGGAAAUGAAACAAAUAUCUUGGAAUGUCAACAUAAUGGUUGGGGUAACCAUGACUGUCAACAUUACGAGGAUAUAUCUGUCAAUUGCUUACCAGAGGAAGAAACAACAACAUUAAGAGCAUCUUUUACAACAGAAAUGUCCCCUGUUGAAGAAGUCACGACUGAUACCUUAAUACCAAACACUACAGUUCGACUGGUUGGUGGAAAUACUUCACAUGAGGGUAGAGUGGAGGUGUAUCAUAAUGGAGUAUGGGGGACAGUUUGUACUGAUUUUUAUUCAUUUAAUGCUGAUGGAUCGAGAAACAGAUUCUCUGAAGUACUCUGCCGAGUUUUAGGCUUUCCCUGGCAAACACCUUUGAGCUAUUGUUGUACACCUUACGGUCGAGGAACUGGUCCUAUUUGGCUAAACAAAGUACAAUGUAGUGGAAAUGAAACAAAUAUCUCAGAGUGUAUACAUGCUGGCUGGGGCAGCCAUGGUUGUGGACAUCACGAGGACUUAUCUGUCAACUGUCUACCAGAGGAGGUCACUCCUAUUCGUCUUGUUGGUGGAGAAACGCCAUACGAAGGAAGAGUAGAGGUUUAUCACAACGGAGAAUGGGGGACUAUUUGUGACGACUUCUGGGAUAACCUGGAUGCUACAGUGGUCUGUCGAUCCCUUGGAUUUUCAGCAAAUGGCUCGAUGGCACUUGAAAGGGCAUAUUUUGGUGAGGGUAACGGCUCUAUUUGGAUGGAUGAUGUUUAUUGCUCUGGAAACGAGUCAAGAAUUGAACAUUGCCGUCAUAUCGGAUGGGGACAACAAAAUUGUCGCCAUUACGAAGAUGCGUCCGUCCGAUGCCAAGCUGGAUCUUUCAGUCCAGUGCGGCUUGUGGGAGGACAGACUCCAUACGAGGGUAGAGUAGAGAUAUACCGUAAUGGUGUAUGGGGGACAGUUUGUGAUGAUUCUUGGGAUGAUUUGGAUAGCAUGGUGGUCUGUAGGUCUCUAGGAUAUCCAACAGAGGACGCUAGAAGCUUUCAGUCUGCUUUCUUCGGUCAAGGAUCAGGUCCUAUUCUGUUAGACAAUGUUAACUGCCGUGGAUCAGAAACCCAUAUUGAAGAGUGUUCACAUAAUGGAUGGCAAUCUCAUAAUUGUGUCCAUCAAGAAGACGCCUCCGUCAGGUGUUUAGAGGGUCCUACUUCGAAAAACACACCACAAGCUCAAUCAGUAACAACCACAACACAAUCCCAAACACCCGAAAUCACAGCAAAAGCUCCAUCAAUGACAACUACAACACAAGCUGCAGCACAAACAACAACAACAGACGCUAGAGCAACAACAACCAGAACACAAGCUCCAACAACAACGCCUGCUGCGACUACAUCAUCAACAACAACACAAGCACCAUUGACCCCAACACCGCAAGCUCCAACAACGACAACCACGACAAAGGCUCCAACAACGACAAUUGUGAAACAAGCUCCGACAACCAGGACACAAGCUUCAACAUUGACAACAACGACACAAACUUCAAAAACGACACCAGCUGCUACAACGACACAAGCUCAAAGAACGACGACCACGACACAAGCUCCGACAACGACACAAGCUCCUACAACAACAACCACCACUCAAGUUCCAACAAUGACAACUACCACACAAGCUCCAACAACGAUAAAAGCACCAACAACGACAGAAGCUUUUUCAACGAAAAUCACCACACAAACUUCAACCAAAACACAAGCUCCGACACCAACAACAACCACACAAGCUGCAACAACGACAACAACUACACAAGCUCAAACCACGACACAAGCUCCAAAAACGACAACCACGACACAAACUCCAAUAACAACAACCAAAACACAAGCUCAAACAACAACAAUCACGACACAAGCUCCAUCAACGACAACAACUACACAGGCUCCAACCACGAGACAAGCUCCAACAACGACAACCAUGAUACAAGCUCCAACCACGACAGCACUUCCUACAUCGACACAAGCUCCAAUAACAACAACUAUCAUUCAAGCUCCAAAAACGACAAUCACCACACAAGCUCCAACAACGACACAAGUUCCAACAAUGACAACCAUCACACAAGCUCCAACCAAGACACCAUCCCCUACAACAAAACAAGCUCCAACAACGACAACCACGACACCAGCUCCAUUAACGACAACCACCAAACAAGCUCCAACUACAACAACAUCCACACAAGCUCCAACAACGACAACCACCACACAAGCUCCAACAACGACAACCACCACACAGUCUCCUACAACGACAACCACAACACAAGCUCCAACAACGACAACCACCACACAGGCUCCGAUUACAACAACCACCACACAGCCUCCUACAACGACAACCACAACACAAGCUCCGAUUACAACAACCACCACACAGCCUCCUACAACGACAACCACCACACACGCUCCGACUACAACAACCACCACACAUGCUCCUACAACGACAACCACCACACAGGCUCCGACUACAACAACCACCACACAAGCUCCUACAACGACAACCACCACACAGGCUCCGACUACAACGACGCAAGCUCCUACAACGACAACCACCACACACGCUCCGACAACAACAACCACCACACAGGCUCCUACAACGACAACCACCACACACGCUCCGACUACAACAACCACCACACAGGCUCCUACAAUGACAACCACCACACAGGCUCCUACAACGACAACCACCACACAGGCUCCGACUACAACGACACAAGCUCCUACAACGACAACCACCACACAAGCUCCGACUUCAACAACUACCACACAAGCUCCUACAACGACAACCACCACACAGGCUCCGACUACAACGACACAAGCUCCUACAACGACAACCACCACACAAGCUCCGACUUCAACAACUACCACACAAGCUCCUACAACGACAACCACCACACAGGCUCCGACUACAACGACACAAGCUCCUACAACGACAACCACCACACAAGCUCCAACUUCAACAACCACCACACAGGCUCCUACAACGACAACCACCACACAAGCUCCGACUACAACAACUACCACACAAGCUCCUACAACGACAACCACCACACAGGCUCCGACUACAACGACACAAGCUCCUACAUCGACAACCAUCACACAAGCUCCGACUUCAACAAUUACCACACAAGCUCCUACAACGACAACCACCACACAGGCUCCGACUACAACGACACAAGCUCAUACAACGACAACCACCACACAGGCUUCAACAAUGACAACCACCACACAAGCUCCGACUACAACGACACAAGCUCCUACAACGACAACCCCCACACAAGCUCCAACAACCACAACCACCUCACCGGCUCCGACUACAACAACCACCACUCAAGCUACAACAACGAUUUCUUCAUACCAAUCACUAGAGAGUUUUACGUUUGGCGAGGAAGUAUCAGAUUCAAGUUUGAGAGGAGAUGAUGUAACAAGUCCAGCUUUGAAUGUUCCAACACAUAUUUACAUUGGGGAUAGAACAGAAGGAACUUUUGACACCGUUUAUGUAUGA